AUGGACAGAAACCCACCACGACGAGACAUGAGGAGGGUAUAUGACCACGACGAAGGUGCGUCUGUUUUUACAGCUUAGCAAAUUUCCAUGGUUCUUUUUGGCAGUAUCAGAGCCAAAUAAGUAAAUAAUGCUGCUGUAGCAUAAAAGCCUCCUUUUGUUUCUGUCUAACUGUGUAAUCUGUCCCUCUUUCUUUUCUUAACUGCUCACAGGAAAUGGUUACACAGCUGAUCAGCAGUCACUGCGGUUACGUCGUUUUCCAUCUCAGAUGUCUAAUCAGAAUUAUCCUCAGUUUGCCUGGGGCUCCAACCCAGCAGAUGAGGAGCCCAGUGGUGGUCUGCCCCAGGAUCUCAGAAGCAGCCCCCUGCCGAUGGCACUGAAGAGAGCUGUGAGGUAUCAAACCUGUUUCUGAUUGUUAGAUGGUGUUUUAACUCUUGCAUCCUCUCUGAUGAGAAACCCUCUCAGGUACAAAAAUAUGAAAAAUAUUCAGCUUUGAAUUUAUUUUAUCUUGAUCUAGUUUCAAAUUCUCCUUCAGCACGAUGUCCAAACUUAGUAUACAUUUUAGCUGGGAGCCCCUCACAACCUCUGAUACAAUAAUGAUAAUAAUGAUUAUAGAUGAUAUAGGUAGUGGUAUAGAUAUUUAUUUAGAAACAACCACACAACAUGUGACUGCUAUUGAAAUGUCCUGGAAAUUACUUAACAAAGAUAACCAAGAUAUGAAAUAGACGAUUACUGUUACAGUCACCAUAGUAUAACCUUUCUGCAUGGGUGUGGUAGUGGGGGGGAAAGUGGACCUGACUGCCCAGGGCCCGUGUAGGGAGAGGGGCCCACCAAAAUCCUGUUUUUUUUAAAAUUUUGCUCAGGUGCCUCAUGCACUGGCAUACAUAGGGGCCCACUGUUACUGAGAGUGUACAGGGCCCUGAAUUUGGUGCUAUGUCCCUUCCUUUCUGUUCCAGACAGGUGCAGGAGAUGCAGCUGCCUGUGGUGUCUGAGAGGGAUUCCUGGAAACGGAAAAGGACCAAGUAUUUGCGUAAUCUCAAAGACAAUGCCAGAGAAUUCAUCUACAUUUUUGCCCUGUGGAACAAGUCACUGCAAAAGAUUGGAGGUAAAUCCUUGACGUGAAUGUCAGCUGAUCAUGUAGAGCUGUUGCUAUUUAACCCCAGACAACAGAGUAUGCAUAACCUGUCAUUUCCAUUCUGUUUUUGCAACUUUAAUACAUUCAUUGUCCUUUUUUUCUCCACAGGGAACUUUGGCGGAGGCGUCCAGUCUUAUUUUUUCUUCCUGCGAUUCUUGGUGGUGCUCAAUUUUGUUUCCUUUUCACUGAUUGCAGCUUUUGUCUUCAUCCCCAGCAUCGUCUUCAGAUCUGUUGGGGACAGUGGUGUUAACAUCACAGUUCAGGAAUCAUUUUUACCGCCUUCCACUGGUAUGUCGAGUUUUAAUGUUUUUAUGUUUCCUUCAUUGUGAUGAUAUAAUGCAGUCCUGUAUAAUACUGUGAAACCUUCCAACUGUUUAGAGCAUUAGUUUGGAGGCAGUGGGCGCCAGAUUUGGGUAAAUGUACACAAGAUAAAUUUACAGUAAUGAAAUGUUCAAUGGUGUAAAAUUUCUAUUUCUAGAUUCAAUCUAAGUAAGGAUUUCAUCCCUUGAGGUUUUCCUUUAUGCAUCAGAAAUAUAAGAUAUGUGGAUAAGGCGUUUUAUCAUGCAAAACCAAGACCUUUAAAUAUUGCUGAACCAGGUCUCAGGCCUCAAUUUGGUGCUGUUAUUCAAGAUCGGUUAUUCUUCCUGAAUAUUCUUGAUGUUCUUUAUUAUGACGAACACCUCAUUUCAUCUGACAUAAGCCUUUAAUUUUUUGAAGACUAUGGGAGGAAGCUUUAUCUGGAUGACAGUGCAGGGGUUAAGAGCCUUUGGCUUUGUUAUCAAAUGAACCACCGCAACUUUCCCUUUUCCUCCUCUCUUUCUCUGUUAGAGUGACCUUUACAUUCAUAGUGUUAACCUGCUUAAGUACAGUAAUCUCAGAAAAUACAUACAGAAUACAUAGAGAGAUCAGAAAAGCUUAACUCUUGGUGUUUUUCAGGUCCACAGGAUUGUUUGCAGUAUGACCCUAAUCCUGUAGGCUUGGGGUUGUUCUAUAAUUACUUCCUCGAUGUACUUUCAGGAACGGUGAGAAACUGCUGCAUCACAGUGACCUUCACAGAUACGAGCCUUGCAGAACAUUUUCAAAACACACGAUUGUUUUUGUGACUCAGACAUUAUGAUUCCACACGUUUUGAUGGUUUUAACCCCCAAUUUCUUUUGAAAUGUUAAUCAAAACAGAUUUUUGUGUUCAGGAUUAUUUUAACUUAGAAAAACUUGAACAGCACGCCUGUGGGAACAUUUCCAACUUCAUUUGCAACAGGUUGAAACAUGACUGGGCAUAAAAAAGGGGAUUCCAGAGAGACUGAGUAUCUUAGAAGUAGAUCUAGCGAGGCGGUCUCCACUCUAUAGAAGACAGCACAUAGUUCAUCAAUUUUAAAAUAAUGCACCUCAGUCUAAAGCUGAAAGAAACUGGAGCAUUUCCUCAUCCAUAAUGCACAAUAUCAUCAAAAGAUUCAGACUGUUGAGAUAUCACUUCAAAAAGAACAAAGCCAUCAAAAACAACACAUAAUUAAAAACAGAAAUAAUUCAAGAGUGUGAAUCACUGCAUAGUACAGAACUACCUCCAAAUUUUUCUAGAGCCUCAAGUGGCUGCCUGUUUUCCCAUCUUUCUGGCCUUUAUGCGAAGACAGAACCUAAGAGUGAUUAAACUGCUAUAUGUUCUGUUUUAACUCUGUAUUUCUCUUGAAAUCGACUUACACAAAAGUAAAUUAACUCUAAUUGUAUAUAUCGUAUGCCUUUAAAUAGCAGAAAGAGUGUAUGAAAGCUACAUUUAAAAAGUUAAUGAGGACUGUAAAAGUAAAAAAAAAAGUUGUAUGAAAGUAACAUGCCGAGGAAAUCAUACAGGCUCUGAGACUGUCUUCUCUCUUUUAUCCAGGGCUUUCUGGAGUACUCCUACUUGUUUUACGGCUACUACAGCAACACAGAGAUGGAUGACAGCUUCUCUUACAACAUCCCAUUGGCUUACCUCUUAACUGUUGUCUUUUAUUUCAUCUUUUGCUUCAUUUGUAUCAUGGCCCGGUGAGUUUCACAAUAUUAUCGAUAAUUCAAGUAGAGAUGAUGGCACGAAAAGGCUUGAGUUUAGGGUUCAAGUAACCUUGACCCACAUCUCUAUCUCUCCCCUGACUGGCUGCUCAUGUAACAGCAUGGGGAUUGCAGCACGAGUUGCUGUGGCAACAGGAGGCAGCACUGUGGGCAACUACAGCAAGAUAGUGUUCACCAGCUGGGACUAUGGUUGUCUGGGAGACAGAGCUACCAAGUUGAAGCAGAAAAAUAUCCACUACAGGCUACAGGUCAGGAGGGAUGUGUCCUAGUUUGAGUGAUGAUGAUCAUGUGGUAGUAUUUCAUAAUCUCUCUGUAUAUAAGGAUAUCCGAUCUUCCCUGAUGUCUCUUUGUGCUCUUUCUCUGGCAGGUGGAUCUGGAGGAGGAGAACAUAAAGAAAAGGAAAGCCUCACUUACUUUAACCCAAAAAGUCAUGUUAUACUCUCUCCGUGUUUUGAUGUUUCUCAUUACAUCAGGACUCAUUGCAGCAGCCGGUUAUGGCAUCUUUGAGGCUACAAACUUUAGCCAGGUAAAUGAUGUCAAGACAGUAAUGACAGUGACUGUGAUUCAGUAUUAAAUCUUUAGUGAUAUUCUGACUCCUGUCUCUUAAAAACAGGGUAGGAGUGAGCAAGAAGGGGUCCUUGGUUUGAUUUUUGAGUAUCUGCCUUCCAUUGUCAUCACCACUGCAAAUUUCUUGGUGCCUCUACUGUGUGACCAGAUUGCCUUAAUAGAGCGAUAUUCCCCCAGUCUCACUGUCAUUCUGGCACUAUUGAGGUUUGCACUGAUUUCUAUUUCUAAGUAUCUACAUAAUAUCUGUUUUUGUUGUCUAUGUAAUCUAGAGCUGGAAGCACAACUUUAAACCUUCACUAAAGUAAAAAUUACCAACAGUACUCUAUAAUAAUACCACAGUCAAUAUUCUGCUUUACAAAGUACAUUUCAGAAAUAAAAUUGCCUUUGUUUUGAUUUUUUGGGGUGCCAGUUUUGCAUCGUGGUUAGAUCAGUGGCCCAGGUACUGAGGAUAUAACCCUCAAAGAAGAUAGAUCUAUAGAAAUCCAACUCUGAACCCUUUGCAGCGCGUCACUUCCUAUUCUCUCUUCCCAGUUUUUUGAUUAUGAUUCCUUAUUUCUCCUCUAUGUAAAGGGCUGUGGUUCUCCGCUUAGUGAGUCUUAGUGUCCUCAUCUUCACCCUUUGGGGCCAGAUCACCUGUGAUGGGAACAAAAACCACGGAGACUGUCUACUAUGCGGAUACAACCAUGACCUCUAUCCAGUAAUUUUAUGCUUACGCAUAUAGUUCAAAGAUGCUUCUUCUUCAUAUACAGGAUCAAUACAUGGAGGGAUGUAAUUCUUUAUAAAAAUAUUUGGUCUUAUUUGUUGUGUCAUGUAGUGCUGGGAAACUCGGGUAGGGCAGGAGAUGUACAAGCUGACUCUGUUUGACCUCCUCAUAAACAUCGCCAUGCUCUUCUUGGUGGAGUUUCCACGCAGGUAAAAAUCAUAAUUUAAAAAAUUGUUUACAUUAGAUGAGACGGUCAUUAUGAAAAUUAUGAAGCUCAAUCAGUUGUGUGAUUUUUACUGUGUUUUGUGUGUGUGUGUGUGUCAGGAUGGUGGUGGACAACUGGUCAAAUAAGCUGGCUCAGAAGGUGGGUCGGCAGGAGUUUGUGGUUUCCUCCAACGUGCUUGAACUGGUUUAUAGUCAGACAGUGGUGUGGACUGGAGCUCUUUUUUGCCCCUUGUUGCCAUUCAUCAACACCAUCAAGUUUGUCAUCCUAUUCUACACCAAGAAGGUGAAGAUGUUGCUUCAAACUCAGCACACGUUCUGCACAUUGAGGAUUGUUCUUCACUAUUCCAGUAUGGUCCUCACCUUGUGUAUGUGUCGUCAUUGUCCUUUCUCCCUCAGCUCACGCUCUUCCAAAACUGUCGGCCAGCGCUGAAAACUUUUCGCUCUACAGCCUCCACCUUCUUCUUCCUGGUGGUGCUCCUAUUUGGUGGGGGCCUAGCCACAGCUGUCAUGGUUUACAGUCUUGCUGUGUGAGUGCUGUUUGCAGCUGCCUCCUUUUCCUCCCAGUAACAAUCAUAACAGCAGUAUUUUUAGCUCUGGCACUGACAGAUAAUUAUAGUGAAAUGGCAAUUAUUGUUGAUAUGUAGGAGGAAAUAGUAAGGUUACUGCUGGAAAGUAUUGGAUUUUUUUCCCCAAUGUUUUAUAAAAUUGUGACGUUCUCGUUUCUCUACCCAGGAUCCAUCCUUCUUAUGGCUGUGGUCCUUUCCGUUUCUUCCCCAGCAUGUGGUCAGUUGUUCCAGCCUCUUUCUCAAACCUUUCUAAAACAACACAAGAGUUUCUCUUCUUCAUUGGUUCCCAAGCAUUCUCCAUCCCUCUGUUUGUGUUAAUAUGGUAAGUAAGUUGAUGCCAUAUUUUAAUUUCUUACAUAUUGUAUAUAUAUUAGUUAUAUAUAUCAUUUGAAUGACAUGUUUUAAUGACUCUGUUCUCCUUUGCAGUGUGGUGAUGUGCUACUUUGUGGCUCUGGCAUCUGUUUAUGGGAAAAGUGUUGCCCUGCUAAAAAAACAGCUCAAACAGGUAUCUUGAUGAAUAACCCUUAACCUGUACUGUAAGGUAGACUUGUAGUUUUUGGUUUUGAUGCUAUUCAGGGUUAACUAUGGUAUUUCUCGAUACCCUCAAGCACCCAGUUUUAUUAAUACAAUGGUGUAUCUGUGGCUUACAGGAGGGUCGUGACAAACAGUUCUUGGUCAGACAGAUUGAGGAGCUGAGUCGAAAGCUUCAGAUACCAACUCACGCUGCAGGAGUCCGGGACUAA